UAAAAUUACUUUGAUUGAAGUGAACUAUACACAAUAUUGUGAAAUAAAAUUUUAAUUACGUACAAAUCUAAACAUAUAUUUAUUUUAGCAACUAUUUUAAAACUGUGAUAUACUUUUAAUUUAUUUAAGAUGUCGAAUCCCUGGAAGAAAGUUUCUGUGCCCUCUGAUACGCAAAACUUGUCUGAUAUUAUGUCAGAGGAAUAUGCUAAGGGUCUGCAGGUUAAAGAGGAGAUAAAGUUUGCUGAACAAAUAUCAGAUAACCAUUUUAGUGCAGAAUCUACAGAACUGUCACCUGAUAUUGUACGGCAAAUAGAGGCGUCUAAUGUGAAAGAGUAUUGCGAUUCAGAUGCUAUUAUUGCAAAAGUUUUGCAAUGUCAGUUCGAUAAAGAAUAUGAUGACGAAAUAAAAAGAGUUGAAAAAAAGCGAAAUGGAGACGCUAAGGUAUCUGUAUCGUUUGAUAAUUAUCGCAAUGUUCCUGAACAUUUAGUAUACGACUCUGAAUCUGACGACGAGGAUGUUGGUUUCUCUCAUAAAAAAGAUUGGGAUAGAUUUGAAACAAACGAGAAAGAGUUCGCCAGCCUUCCUAAGCGAGGAUAUAUUAUGAAAGAUGGUGAGAUGGUCACCAAACAUGAUAGCACUAUUAAUGGGAGGAGAAAUGCUUGCAAAGUAAUGGCGUUUCCACCUGAAGUAUGCACAGGUGAUGGUGCCGGAUUCGACAUGAAACUAUCAAAUUCUGUGUUUAACCAAUUGAAAGAGCAUACUCGUUGGAACCAAGCUCGUAAACACAAGAUGUUGGACAGAAAAGAGAGCCAAGCCACUGCCGAAAUGGGUCUUGAUGAAGCAACAAGACUUAUUCUUUUUAAGCUUAUCAAUAAUGGUAUGUUAGAAGACAUUAAUGGUGUUAUAUCAACUGGUAAAGAAUCAGUUGUGUUGCACGCUAAUAGUGAUCAGUCAUACCCAGAGAUGGUUUUACCUAAAGAAUGUGCAAUAAAAGUCUUUAAGACUACUCUAAAUGAGUUCAAAACUCGUGACAAAUAUAUAGAAGCAGACUACAGAUUUAAGGAUCGCUUUUCUAAGCAGAAUCCAAGGAAAAUUGUACAUAUGUGGGCAGAGAAAGAGAUGCACAACAUGAUGAGAAUACAGAAGAUUGGUUUGAACUGCCCUGAAAUGGUUUGCUUGAAGAAGCAUAUACUUGUGAUGUCUUUUAUUGGUAAAGAUAAUAAACCUGCACCAAAACUGAGAGAUGUUAUUAUGAAGCCAGAUAAGUGGCCCAGUGUUUACAAUGAAGUUAUAGAGGCCAUGCAUAAAUUAUACAAUGUUGGGCACUUAGUGCACGCAGAUUUGUCUGAAUACAAUAUUCUUUGGUGGGAAAACAAAUGUUGGUUUAUAGAUGUCUCCCAGUCAGUGCAGCCAGAUCAUCCUAAUGGUCUAGAAUUCCUCUUGAGGGACUGCCGUAAUAUUAUCAAUUUCUUCGAAAGGAAAGGAGUUCCGGAUAUUAUCACCGCUGAAGAUUUAUUCAAGUCUAUCACUGGAUUUGAAGAGGUUGACGUCAAUAUGUUGGAAGGUGUGCAUACCACCUACAAUUCCUUAUCUUCGCGUUUCGAGAUUGCUCCAGAUGACAACAGGAAUAUCAGCUACCCAUUUGAGUAUUGCUGGCAAAAAACCAGUGAAACCAAGAAAGGAAAAAGUGACAACAGUGAUGAGGAAGAUGAUGAUUUUGAUGAAAUGUGGUCUCGUUCUAAAGAUAAUGAAAUUGUUGAUAGUUCUGCCAACUUUGGUAAUGAACUCAAGGUUGACAAUUGUCUGAUUGAUAAAAAAGUCAACUUUGGUGAUGUAAUAGAUGUCGCUAUACUUAAAAAUCAUGGGGAUAUAAGUAGUAGUGACAUAGAUAAAAAAUCUUAAUAGUUCCAUUCAUUAUGUAUCUUGAAAUAAAAUAUUAUAAGUGUUGUUUUUAGAAACACUUUAAGAGAGAAGAAAAAUGGUGCAUAAAACUAGAAAAAGACAAAAAAAGGA